AACAUUUCUCUGAGUUUUCUUCGAGGGUGACGGCGGACUGUGGGUUUAAGGCUGUUUGAAUUCAUCUAUCCCCCUAAUUCUCUUCUCUAUAUUACCCAUAAUAAUAUUUAUACAAACGAAAGUUGAAGAUUUCGGGGCUGGCCACAAAUUAGGGUUUUUUGCUUGUUGCUGUUUCUUCCAACCGCUGCACGAUGAUCUACGAUGUCAACUCUCCCCUCUUCCGCUCUUUCCUCACCCAGAAGGGAGGAGGAGCUUACGACAGAAGGAAAACCGAGGAGCAGAAGCCGAAAGAGCAAAGAUUCAAGGCCAACGAGAACAAGCCUGUCAUGACAGAGUAAAACCAAUAUGAACUUGUAGGUUCUAGGUCAUAUUGUAGUCUAGUCAAGUUUGAAUUUCUUCAAUGGAACCAAUUUUCAUAUUCCAUGUAUGUUACGAUAUUCUGCCACUGGACACUAAAGGCAUGGUAUACUCCAGUCGCCUCUUUCUUUGAUGAUUUUAUCUGUUGAUGACCAAACCUUUAAUAUCAAUUCAUGAGUAUUUUUGUCUUUGGUUAUGCUUUGUUUGUACGGUUGAUGGAAUUAUGAAGCAAAUGUUUAAUUAAUUAAUGUCUUUAAUUAUUAUUCAAUGGGGUCGGUAAAUGACUGGAGAAAAGGAAUGAUAAUUGGAGUGGAUUCGUUCGUCCUUUUCCAUUCCUUUUUGACUGUUGAUUGAAUGCACAGGACAAGCAGGAAUAUAAUUAUGUAACAUUCGCAUUGGACAAAUACAAAUGGAAGAAAAAUCGUUCUUUCUUGGGCGAUGGGAACAAUAUCUUAACAUUGUCAACCUUGAUGGGCCCAUCCUCACAAAAGCAUCCGAAGCACCAUUAUUGUCAUGACACAACCAUUUUUGAGAACAAGAACACCAGAGGAGAUCCAUGGAUUCCCCCCCAUCGAAGAGCUUGAAGCUUAUAAAAUCGUCUUUGAAACUUACACUUUUGGUGGCUCUGAACAAAUCCCGUAUAGGGGGGAUGACAAUCCAGAACUUGAAGUUGAUUUUCAAGAACCCAUGGAGAAUUUCCCUCAGGAAACCCAAAUUCUCCCGGAUGAAACUGAAGCAAAAACAGAGGAAUCAAAAGAAGCCCAAAUCGAAAACAGAGAGAAUGAAAUGAUGAAAGAUUUGAGGAAAAUGGCAGAAGAAUCAUCAAUAUCUUCAAGAACAGAAUCGAGUCCAUGGAGUUCGCCAGGGAGUUUCAGUAGUAGAGAGUAUAAUAGUAAUUAUACAUUAGGAAGUUAUGGAUCGAUGAGGAAAGAGAAAGAAUGGAGAAGAACACUUGCUUGUAAGCUGUUUGAAGAACGGCAUAAUUCAGAAGGAACAGAAGGAAUGGAUUCAUUAUGGGAAACAUAUGAGAAUAGUGAAUCAAAGAACUUACAGAAGAAAGAAAAAAUGAAUGGAAAAUUGAAGAAAGGAAAGAAAAUUCAAAAGAAAACCGAUGAUGACGAUGAAGAAGAAGAAGAUGGAGAAGGGCAACUUUGUUGUUUACAAGCAUUGAAAUUCUCAGCAGGGAAGAUGAAUUUGGGAAUGGGAAAACCAAAUCUUUUGAAAAUGACUAAAGCUUUGAAGGGAUUUGGAUGGUUGAACAGAAAUGGAAGUAGAAAGAGAUUGAUCCAUUCAUGAAUUGUUGCUAAUUUAUUUUACAUUUCUUCUAUGUUCUUCAUCAUCCUAAUUCUCUAUUUUUUUCUUCUCUUUGUUGGUCUGGUUUUUUUUUUUCUCUUGGAUUCAACUGUUCAAAUAGUGAAAGUAAAUAUUUUGGUUAUGGUUGCUAA